UCUCAAUGUUGGACACCCUAAACCUCAUACCGAGGGAUAUUCAACGUCCAACGCCUCCAGGAAGAAAUUGAACCACCAGUCAAGGAUGGAUGAUGUAUAGUCUUUUGAUUAAAUGUCAAGGCACAUCGGCGAGUUAUCAUUGGGCUUGGUUAUUUUUCUUUUUUACACGCGUGUAUAUUAGUGUUUUUUAGGAUAACACUUGUAUAUUGUUUUUUUUUAGACAGUGUAUAUUAGUUUUUUUUAGUGUUUGCUAUGUGCAGCAGAGGCCUGCAAGUAUUUCGAGCCGGCCCAAGCCCAACCGCAUCACUCUUCUAACCCCUAAUUUCUCCACACCCCCACCCCACUGCCCGAGCUAUCCAGCCGCCGCUCCUCUCCACCAUUUCUCCCCCAAAUCCACGUCUUCGUCGCCGCCAUUAGCCUCUUCCUCGGUCACCCGAAGCGCAGAUCCCCACCACACGGCGAGGCGGUGGCAGUCGGCGGCGUGGUCGGGGUCUUUGUCGAGGACGGCGGCAUCGGUGGCGCGGCCAUGGAGCAGGAGGUCGCUGGUGGAUCCAUCACGGCGGAAUGGGCGUCGCUUCAGCGGGACCUCGUCCAACUCGUUGCCGACUGCGUCCUCUCCACCAGCGGCGUGGACGGGUACGUGGCCAUGAGGGCCGUCUGCCCCAGCUGGCGCUCUGCCGUCGCCAAGCCAUCUCCGCACGCCGCGGUCGCCGAUCCCCGUUUCCGCCCGCGCCAGUGGGUCGUGCUCCACGGGGCGGACGACGAGCAAGGCCGGCCCCUCUUCCUCGAUGUCUCCACGGGUCGCUUCCGCCGCCUGCGCCGCCCGGUGCUCGGUGACUACAUCCUCGUCGGUGCAUCCGACGGUCUCCUGGUCCUCGGGGACAGGGAGCGCCCGCAUGCCGCUCGUCUCCUCAACCCAUUGACUGGUGACAUGCUUCCCUUUGCAGCGCCGAUACCUCCGGAAGAUUGGGUGAACACUGCAAUCGUUGGCUCUGAACCAACGAUUAUCUUCGCUUUCGAACCGGAACAGAGCGAGUACCAAGAUAUCCCGGCUUAUUGUUCUUUGCAGCAAGGCAGUGACGCCGUUUACUCUGCUGAUCCUACGGGCCAGCUCCGUGCAGUGAAGUUCCAUGAUGCUGCUUACGACAAGGAAAACUUGCUCUACCUUCAGAGCAUGGUCACCCAUGCAGGCAAUGUUUACGUGCUCAUUUGUGGAGGAACUUUGUGCAAGGUUGUUUGAACCGGUGGCCACUGGUAUGCAGAGCUGAUAAUGGAGAUUGACAUGCCCAAGCACUGCUACACUGGUUGUCUCGUGGAAUUUGCCGGUAAACUGCUGCUUGUUAAUGAUAAAGUCGAAACAAUUGAACUUCUCUGCGUGGAUGUCAACCGCAAGGUACUUGAACCAAUCCAAAGUAUCGGCAGAUGCGCUCUCUUCCUAAGUGUUGGCAAGUGUAUGGUUGUUAACGCAGAUAAGCUUCCUACAAUCAUGCGCAACUGCAUCUACAUGAAUUUUAAUGAUACAACAUACGUCUGCUAUGACCUCAGUGAUGGUAGGAAAACAUACAUCACCAACCCCCGGCUGCCUGCAGAUGGUCCUCGAGCUGAAAGUGAUAUCAUUCAUGAAAGCCCUUUGAGCCUUGCUCAGGUUCUCCUCACUCCGCAUCCAAGAGUUAAAGCUCAACUAGAUCGUAUCCAGCAAAUCUAAUGUAAUGCCAAGAUUGGUUUCUUGCUGGGCACAAGUUGCUGCAGCAUCAUGCCGCUCAUGCUCUAAGCAGGAGCUACAGCUGGGUUGAUCCUUACACAUUUGCACCUGGAGAGUUGCUGAAGACUUGGCGGCAUUCUGUCUGGUUUGUCUCUUCAUCCAUCAGUGUAGUUCCAGUCAGUCAUGUGCCCCAGUAGUAGCAGCUUUGUAAUGUAUCUGGUGUUGUUUCUGUUGAGUAGCUGUAAGUGUAGUUUUUGGACCCAGUUAUGUUAUUAACCCUGGCUGAUCUGGUGCUUGUUUGUACUGAUCUGAUUUUACUAAGGAAAUCGGUAGCUCUGAUUCCUAAUCUAAAAACUAGUUUUCUUUGUGACAUUA